UGCUGUCGUACAGAGUGUGUUCAAGCUUGCCCAAAACACACUCAUCACCGCCAUCAUCAUCAUCAUCAUCAUCAACAGAAGAAAAUCUCUGAGGCAGAUUACACAGUCAUGCAGGGCAUCUGGGGCACUAACGCGGGGAUGGAGAAACCGCAGAAGAAAGGAUUCAGCCUGGUUAGGAUGAUGUCUUUAAAAUACAAGAAGCAGAAUAAGAAUCCACAUCAGCAUCACAACAACAUGCCCUUCAUGAUCCACUGCCACAUUGGUAAAGAGAUCAAACACAUAUGCAGCAACUGCAGUCGCGCCAGCCAUGCACAGGACGCAGAGGAGGUGGAGAAAUUGGCCUCCAUUUACACAGAGUCCCUGGUGUCUGGCACGCACACACCACCCAUCCAUUGCAGGAGCAAGUUUGCCACCCUGGGCCGCCUCUUCAAACCCUGGAAGUGGAGAAAGAAGAAAAGCGAGAAGUUCAAGCAAACAUCCACAGCUCUGGAAAAGAAGAUGUCCAUGCGUCAGAGCAGAGAGGAGCUUAUCAAGCGAGGAGUGCUCAAAGAAAUAUUUGAGAAAGACUCCAGGAUCCCUGUAGUAAAGCAGGAUGGACGAUUGGAGAAUGGUUUGAUGUCAGGCUCAGUAACCAAGACUCAUGAGUGUGACAGGACAGCAGAUAUCAUGGACGGACAGAGGACAGCCAUCAUUGAUUUCAGAGCAUCUCUGGGUGGAGGAGUGUGUGCUCAGGAUAACACGAUAAAGUCGUCUCUAACACUUCCUCCGAAGAAGUCCGUAGCGUUUUCUAGUGAUCUUCAGGAACCCCCUGCCAAACCUCAACUUAUCCAUAAACAGCCACCAGCUCUUCCUCCAAAACCCUUCUCCAGACUGGCCAAUCACAGCGCAGACUCUUGUCAGCGUUUGAAGUUGUCAUGUCUUCAAGGAAAGCUGUCUCCUCCUCUACCACCUAAGAAAGUCAUGAUCUAUAUGCCCCCCUCGUCCUCUUCGCCCACCCCCUUGCCAUUAAGAGCUCCGUCCCUCCAGCAGCACAUCAGUAUGGGGGGGCAGUACGGUCACCCACUGCAGCUGCAGUACGGCGGCGUUCAUCCGUCCAGCCGCAUCAUUGAUGAGCUUCAGAAGACACUGGCAUUCGCCAUGCAGAGACUCGAGAGCUCUGCGGCGCACACAGGGCAGUACAGCUUUCCUUUGCCUUCCGUGAUGAUUGACUGCGAUGAUGAUAAAGAAAACAUACCCAGUGAAUCUGACUAUGAGGAUCUGCCCAGCAUGUAUAAAGAUGAUGAUGAGGACGAGGACGAGGAAGAUGAUGAAGAAGAUGAUGAAGGGGAUGAUGACUCUCUCUUUACAAGCACCCUGGCUCUGAAGAUCUUAAGGAAGGACUCUUUGGCUGUGAAGUUAAGUAACAGACCAUCUGAGAGAGAGCUACAGGAGAAGAACAUCCUACCAGUGCAAACGGAUGAGGAGAGGCUGCAGUGCAGACAGCUUAUAGGCACCAAACUCACACGGAGACUGAGCCAGAGACCCACAGCUGAAGAGCUGGAGCAGAGAAACAUCCUCAAACCUCGCAAUGAACAGGAGCAGAUUGAGGAGAAGAGAGAGAUCAGACGCAGACUCUCACGCAAGUUGAGUCAGAGACCCACGGUGGAGGAAUUACGACAAGCCAAGAUCCUGAUCCAGUUCAGUGAUUACGUCGAGGUGGCAGACGCUCAGGAUUAUGACAGACGCACAGACAAACCCUGGACACGACUGACUGCUGCUGACAAGGCUGCUAUAAGGAAGGAGUUGAAUGAUUUUAAGAGCAAUGAGAUGGAAGUGCAUGAGUCCAGCCGACAUCUGACCAGAUUUCAUAGACCAUAGACCAUCAUCGUCUGGAGGACUGCGUCUGACGGGUGUCUCUCUCAUCAAUCACAAGUGUUGGAGAGUACGAUGCCCCGUCUACCCAAAGGCCAAGAUGUCUGAAAUGCCUUCUGCAAACUCCCUAGGACGCUGACAUCACUCUUUCAAACAGUCAAAGUAGCAAUGCCCGUGUCACUUCCUGUGAUCAUCUACAGUGGUGUUGGGUGCACUGCAAGAACCUACAAUCAAAUGUUUCUUUUCCACUAGUUACCUUUAUUACAGCAUCCUGGCAUGUUUGGUUGUCAGAUAAGGCAGCGUUUGCCGACGUUACUUUUGGAAUACAAACUUUAUCUCUAGCUGAUUCUCAGGCUGUGAGCAGGCAGCGUUUUCUGCACUUCCUGGUGGCAUGGCACAUGUUUGCACAGACUGCGUUCGCGUACAACUGGCCCCAUUCUUGAAAUGCAAGCAGAACAAAUUUCUCUGUAAACCAUUAGUUUUACCCACAUGCAACAUUUUACACAGGAAUGGUUUUAUGAUCGGGUCAAACAUGCAAGAAAUUGUCUCGAGACAAACGUUUAUUUUAAAUUUACGCAGAAAUGUAUUCUGCUCUUGUUAUACGUGUGGCCAAUUGUAUUUUCAAAAAAUGUAUUUACCCCCUGCUGGCUCUCCUAUGUCACUGCAUCGUUAACUACAAAAAAGUUCACAAUGCCUACAUCCCCACUCCUCCGAGUUCUCUUUGGCUAACUGUGAAUUCUAGAGUUUCUGGAGUCAUUUGUCGGUGCUCGAUUCAAAUGUACAGUUCAUGGUAUUUAUAGUAGAUUAUGUAAAGAAUAUUUUUAUUGUUCAUUUCAAGAAUGGAGACUGAAGGGCUCAUGGAAACUACAGAAGAGAAUUUAUCCAUUUAUUAUUGAUGUAUUUUUCCUGUUCCAAGUCUCUGUACUUAUUUUAGAUCAGUAAAAUUGUUUAUAUUAUCGUUAUUUGUUUGUUAUAAUAUUUGACUUUUUUUUAAGCAUUGUUUCACAUAAGUGUUUGUAAGUUUGUCCUUUUUUUACCAUUAUGCAGACUAAGCAAUAUUCAUUAUGUCUGUACGUAGAUCUGGUAUUGAUGCUUUUUAGUUUAUUUUUUUGGGGUAUGUUGUAUUCUAAUGUAGACUUUCAUUAUAUUCAUAGUAGAAUCACACGCUAGAGAUCUUUUUGCAGGGUUCAUACACGCAAGAAUGCGUUUUACGCUGUAGCAAUUUUUCGGACUAUUCUUUUAUUAAAUAAGACCAUAAGCAUGACCAGUGCUUCAUAAAGGCCACACAUGUGAAGAUCACAUUCCUAAUGGUCCCACCGCUUUGUGGCAAAUGCAACUUACAGCGACAGGCAUUGAAAGACCGUGUGAAUGUUUGUUUAAGCGGCAGUGAGCAUUCAUGUGUUCCAGAAACUAAAUAACUCCUUAUAUUUGCACUGACCAGUAAGAGGUUUCAGGUCCAUUAAACUUCGUCAACACUAAAUGUUAACAAUGACGUUCAAUUUCAUCAAUUAAGAUUGAUCAGUUUUUGUUGAUUUCACUUUUCUUCUUAAACCUUUUUAGAAUGUGAUAUCACAUUCUUGUCCACUUGUUUGGUUACUUGGUGUUUUUUUAUCCACGGGUCAUUUCUUUGUAAUUCUGUAAACUUAAUUAACUUUAAUCUUCAUAGUAGCUAUAAAACCUCCAAUCGUUUUCACCUCCGCCUGGUUACAUGACUUAUGUCAUUAAAUGUAGAGAUGCUACAGGAUGCUGGGGUGUAAUGUGUAAAGUAAGUUAAAACGAUAUAAAAUUGUCCAUUUGUCUGACAGAAAGCAGACCAUUAUACUCGAAACAUUCAGCCAAUGAAGCUACAAUGUGAUUCAGCAUGCACCUUAAUUUAACCUAAUAUGCAUAUUGUAUGUUUAGUUUUUACCCGCUUAAAGUCAAUUUAUGAUUGGAAGUUUUGGGUCUUGUGAAAUGGGAUUUAAUGAGAAACUGUAUUCCUUUUUGUAAAUCUGAAUCAACACUUUGGCACCCAAUGUUGUCUUGUCAGCGAGAUGUUCAAAAUAAAAAACUCAGCCCAUGUGAAGAGCUCAAACAUUCGGUUUACCAAGGAGUCGGAACAUGUUUGGAACAACUGUGCGAUUUUGAAAUUUGUAGAAACUGCAUGGACAUUUUAUACAAGGGUGCAACAAACAUUGAGUAUCACAGCUGUUGUCACAUUGGGACAAGGAAUAUUUGAUGAUUUUGGCAAUAAAUUUGACAUUCUUUACAAAGAAAAUAACUUUGUUUGUAAAUUAGUUGUUUGUUUGAAUCUCCAACCUUGUAAUAAUUUUAAAUGACUACAUAAAUAAUAAAUGACAACUUCAAUUCA